AGCGAAGACAAUCUUGGCUCCUCUGGCCGCUGCAGCAAAGACCCCUAUGGCGGUGUCGGCGACGACGCACCCUUCUCCCCGUCCUCGCGUCGAUGGCCCUCCAAGGACCUUUGUCAGGACCCCGCCGGUCGCCACCCGAGCGCCGCCAGCACGAGCGACUCAACCGGCACGACCAACGCCCAGGGCACUACUGCCAAGAGCCAGAUCAUUAUCCCUAACAAGAGCACCAUCGCAGAGCAGGACGCCGAGGUCCCCUACGGUCGCGACGCCCGCGAGAGCGGCAGCAUGGCCGGCGAGGAGCCCGGCCUGAACGAGAUGGCGGGCGGCCUCAGCGCACUCACCCUCGGCAGCAUCGACGAGGACGCGGGUGGGCGCAGCGGCGGCGAUGAAUAUUACGACAAUAUGUCGUUGGGGCACGCAUCCGUCGCGCCCGAUCUCUUGCUGAAGAACAGCCGCACAAGCAAUGGUGCAGGCGGGGAGUGCGAGAAGAUGCGCCGCGACGACGAGUUCUCGAACGUGACCAUGCAGAGCCACAUCGCCGGCCUCGAGAAUUAG